CGAAACCAUGCUAUUACCUAUACUAAUCAAUUACUGAAAAGUUCUACUGAAUAAAAAUGUCUUAACACUAUUUUUAAAAGUUGUAAUGUUCUGUAGUUCUCUUAUUUUCACUGGAAGAGAAAUCCAAAAUUUGGGAGCAGCACGCGAAAAAGCACAACCCCCGAGUGUCUUCUUAGAUUUACCAUUAGCCCAUCACAGAGAUUACUACAGAGAGGAGUAUGGGGAUUACUACAGUAUUGUAGAUAGUGGACGUGCUUAUUGUAUAUUGUAGCUAGAAUACAGUAUUUCACUCUUUCCUUGAUAAAGCAUUUUAAUGCAAUGAUCAUAUUUUUUGUUCUUCAGGCAUUUUGCUGUAUAUCUACUGGAAUAUACUCUGGUGAGUACCAUUGAAAUGAAUAUAACUGGAACGUUACCUCCAACUGGAAAUUCGAAAUCAUUCUCGUUCCCAGAGGCCGUCUUACGCGCGUUCGACCGAGCGCGACGAGGGGCCUAGCCAAAUCCAUAUCAAACUGGCAUCUGAUUGGCCAUAGUUCUAAUACCGGAUAUUGUUCUCUUACCAUGUUUUUAUGGUAUCCGGUUAUGGAUUUGGCCAGAGCCCCUCGUCGCGCUCGGUCGAACGCGCGUAAGAAGGACUCUGGGUACGGCGUUCCAGUUCUAUUCAUUUCAAUGGUGAGGACUUAAAGACGUGUUCAUAUGAGCGUAGGUAAUCGGGAAAGUCACCCGCCUGAGAUCUGCAUGCCCUUUGUUAAUUAUAAGUAAUACCAUGGUUUUUAGGAAUAUAGUGAUUAAAUCUCCCGCAAACCGAGGGAGGUUUGUGAAAGUCCCGAGGGAAAGCAUGAGGGCGAAGCCCGAAGGCGUCCAGAUUCCAAAGGGUUUUUGUUCCCAGUUUUUCGUCCCGUUCCGAAGGGUUUUUGUUUUCAGGCUGCUUGCUUGUGCUCGCUGGCUGCUUGCCGGCCUACCUCCGGCUGCUUGCCGGCCCCUUGGGCUGCCUGCCUGCCCCCCCCCCCCUCUGGCUGUUUCCUCGAUCUCGGGCUAUUGACCCCUCCCCGUCCGGCUGCUUGCCGGGUGUUCGGCUGCUUGCCGAUGUGUGUAUCUGUGCAUCAGCAUAUUUAAUUUCGUGAUUUGUUCGUUUGCUUGUACGUUCGUUUGUUUGUCCCCUCACCAUUAGGCCGCGUUUACACUAUAACGCUUUGGUUAGCACUCCGUUAAAAAUUUACUACGUUUAUAGUAUUGUGUGUGUCCUUGGCACAGCGUAAAUGGUGGGGGUAGUCCUAUUUGUCAACUUUGCUAGCAAUGUCCGGUGUUGUGUUCGUUAUUUGCAUUAUGCCGCACCCGCUCGUCGGGCUUGCUCCCCGGCUAGUCCGGGUGAUUUCUUUUAGAUUGGUAUCCUGCGUUAUCCAGCGUUCUUUGGUUCCCCUUUGGUCGGUAGGUGCAUAUAGUUAGAUGUGCUCGGCUUAGUAUGCUUACCAGGUAAGAUAUCUCGUACGUUCAUGUUACUAUUCGUUCGGUGUUUUUUAUUAAUUCCGUCUCCACCUGUGGUGUGACGUUAGCUCUGUCCUUGGAGAGGCUAAUUCUCGGCAUGACUGAUAUUGGUCAAGUCGGGAUGCUGGGAUGGCUGAAAGUCUCUUCUACCGAGAAGACAGCUGCGCAGAAUGGAGUUCAUCGUAAGCCGGCUUGCCGAGUAAACUAAGCAGCCGGAACCUCUGCAACAGAGCUACACCUUCCAGAGAAUUGCUUGCUUAAGCUCGAGUGCGUUAGAUGUUAAUGUUUAGUGAAAAGUGAAUAUUAAUAAGUCGAGUAAUUAACACUUUAUCUUACUGUCAUUAACAUUGUAGUGUAAUUAUUUUGUUUGUUGUGUAAAAGCUAUUAAGAAAACUCUUUGUCGUGUCUUUGAAUUUUGGCUCAUGACUUUUAAUCAGAGAGAAAUUAGAAAUCUGCCCGGCUUUGCCGGGAGAAUUAGAUAUCUCCCCGCUAAGCCGGGAAUAUCGUGAUUAAACCACCCGGCGAGAACAAAAGAACCCGAGCUCAUCAUGGUAUUACGCAUAUAAAAUUCAAUUUGUGUUCAUAUGAGAAACGAGUUAACCCGGCUAGGCGAGAUCUCACCUUGCGCUAGGUGGCAUCUCAGUCAAGUGGGAUACAAUUUUCCAUAUGAAAGCUUUAUCCCUUUGGACCUUACUAGACCUCUAGGAAGAACAAUAAAAACAUUGAUACAGUUAAAGUAAAGCUAGUUUUAAAAAUUGUUUCUAGAGUACCCGAGAAUAAAGGCUGCUCAUGUUGCGUUGAAAACCGUUAAAACGUGGUUGGAAGAAAACGAUGAUUGGGUAUGUAAUAAAAUUGUUUGAUUAUUCGCAUGUAAGUGGGCAAUAUCGCAAAAAACUGACGAGCUGUUUAACUUCUCGCCCAACAAAAGGAAAACCUAACAUAUUUUUAACUUGAAAGAACAAGUAUUUGACUUGUCAUUUCAACAGUAACCAGCUUUUGUGGUGUCGUGAUCACCACGCUUGCUUUUCAAGCUUCUUGGGAGACCUGCAUGGAUUCAAUCCUUGGUCGGGCCUCUACUCAAGAUCUUAAAAUAAUUGAGGAGAAAGUGCUACCUUUACAUUGACAUCAGUAAAUGGUUAGAUUUUCGCGUCUUCUCAGAUAAGGACGUUAAAAUCGUAGGUACCUCGGAUCCCCUAUCAAUUUAGCAAUAGCCUCUUGAGAAAUCCGCUCACCAACGAGUGAGAAACUUAAUAAACAAAAUAAACAAAGGGAAAAGAUUAAAAGUCCUUGCUUCAAUCCUAGGUUGGUCGUAUAAUUUUUUGCGUAUUUACACAACAAAACCUGGAUAUUUAUGAAAAGUUAAUGCUCCAGUACUUCCCUUGUACGACCGAGAAAGAUGUAGAAGAGACUGAGAGAAGUGAGGAUAAGCCUGUUGGCUCCAAACCAAAGCCAACCGGCUCAACAGUGAGGCCGAAUGAUGAAAAGCCCGUUACUACUGAACCGACGAUAGCACCUCGUUCAAAAAGCAGAGGACGUGGAAAAGGUAGGAGAGUUUUUAACAAAGAAUAAGUUUAGAUUGAGGUCGUAUAUAAAGUUGUCUUAUUUUCCUGGAUUGUAAAACUCAUUAAUAAUUCAUACAGAAAACACAAAAGAAAGCAUGAGCGUGAAGGAAUGUGUAUAUCUGAUACAAAAUCAUACUCAUUUACAUAAACUUUAAGUUUAAUUUUCUCACCAAAUAUCAUUAAUUUAUUUUAAAUUGUUGAAGAAUACGAAUGUUCUCAUCAAGACGAUUCACAAGCCAUUUACAACAUGAGCAGCCGUGUUGUGUCCGAUAUCCAAACUCUCACAUGAUACAGUAAUUACUUAUAUACUGUCGAUUUUAGAUUACUUUUCUUCACAAAAUUUUAAAUAAUUUCUGAAAGGAUUAAAGGUGACUUGGUAGAAAACGCGGGGUCGGGUUGCACAGUCGGGUUGCACAGUCGGGUUGAAAACGCCAAAGACUAUUGUUUUGAGAAAGCAUUUGUCAGAAUAUAACUCUGGUUUUUGGGCAUCUUCCAAAUUCUAGUUAUGUAAAUGUUUCGCAAUUUGACUAUGUUGCAGCAGUUGCACACGUUUGCGCGCUUUGCACAAAGGUAUUCAGCAAUACUGUAGCUCAAAUAUAUUCAAGCAACAGUACAAUUAUUCGUGCGGUGUUUCCAUCUUGUCAGAUUCUAGCCGCACAGAGCCUAGAGUUCUAUACUUGUAAUUGUCGCAAAACGCAGCAAUACAACAUACAGAUUACAGAGUGAUUUGAUGGAGGUUUAAUUUUAUGUUGUGUGCUAAAUCUUGUUUUAACUUUUUUGUCAAGAUAUCGAAGAGGAAGAAUAUAGCCGUGCAUAUUCGCAAGCUCUCCAGGAAAGUAAAGCAAAAAAUAAUCGAAUUCCGAUUAUGCUGGUCGGGCAAGACCGAGGCGGAAAGACUUCGCUGAUGAGACGUCUUUUAGGAUUACCAUUCGACAAAGAUCAACCCAGUACCGCUGGUAUUGACGUUAAUGUUAUCGAGCUAUCAGAACAAAAUGCAGAAGAUCCCUGGAAAAAGAGAGAAGUGAAGAAGUUUAUGACCAGUGAAAGUGAGGCAAAGACUGUGUUAUACAAAAAAACUGCCGAGUACAUUCAGAGGAAUUUAGAAGGGAAUGCGCCAGAGCCAUUGAAGCCAGUGAUACCAGUGAAGCCAGUGAUGCCAGUGAAGCCAUUAUCAAGAGAAGAAAUCUCCAAAAUCAAAUCGCAGAGGUCCACUGAACACGAUCAGAACGAAGUUCUUCGGGUAUUUGUAAGUGACUUUGCUGGACAGUCAAUCUAUUACGAUACCCAUGGCUGCUUUGUGAAACCGCAUUGCCCUUAUGUUUUGGUUCACGACCUUUCUCUGGAGCUUGAUAAAUCCGCUGUUUCCAAAUUUAAAACAAGUAAUGAAGAGGAAGAGAUAGAGAUGAACAAUCCUCAUCUAAAUACCAAUUUAGAUAAUUUUACAUCAUGGUUGAAGUUCCUGCAAGGUUUAGGAGAAUGCCAAGAUCAACAGUUUCCUGAUAAAUCUGGUCACUUUACCACUGCAAAGGGUGAGAACUUUAAACUGCCACCAGUUUUAAUAGCCUUAACUCACAGUGAUGAGGUGAAAGGCAACGACAGCAAAAUACAUUGCGUACAAAAGAAAAUCAAGAAGGUCUUGUCUGGAGGAAAAUAUGAGAAUGUUGUCCCAGAGUUUUUCCUGAUCGACAGUACAUUGGAAGGCGACGACGGAGACGACGUGCGAAAGCUUCGUAGAAAGCUUUUUGACCUGUCGAAUGGAGUACUUAACCAGGAGAUUUUAAUGCCUGUGAAGUGGCUAGAUUUUGAAGCUGCUCUAAGCCAGAAGCUAUCACCAGAUAGCAAGUAUAUCCCAGUUGACGAAGCUAAGCAAGAAGCGGAGGCCUGUGGCGUUGGGGAGUUUGAUCAUGCUAUCAAAUUUCUACACCGCCAAGGAGUGGUCGUACACCACAGUGGAUCCAGCAAGGUUGUAUUGGAUCCUCCCUGGUUAAUGAAUCGCUUUACCAAAGUGAUCUCCAUGCCUGGCAAAUUGGAUGCCUUGUCCAGGCACGCUCUUGAUGUGUUCAAGCAGAAAGGCAUUAUGUUUCAAGAAUAUCUUGAGACGCUGGAAGACGCAGAACUUUUAAAGGAGCUUAUGCAAAAGUUUAACUUGAUUUGUCCUUGCCAGCACGAUGGAAAGGCAGCUUUUUGUGUCCCUUCAGUUGCCCCAGCUAUGAUACCAGGAAUGGAGUUGGAAGCUAGCAAAAUGGAGUUAAAUGUUCCAUCGCUGUUUGUGACAUUUCCUCGCCAACUUGUGCCGAUGAGCCUGUUUACGAAGCCUCAAGUGAAAUUAAUUUCUGAGUGGCAAAAGCGCUUCCCCAAUCAACAAGCUGGCGUGUCCUUCUACUGCAACUACUCCUUGCUUCCGCUUAUUAUAGACGGCGACGUGUAUGAUGUUUGUUUAAUCGACCUCCAGGAGUUCAUUAAGGUUGCCGUUUUUCCAAAACAGGAUGGCAACCAUUUCAAGUUUGCCAGUCAUCUCCUAGCCACUCUGAAAGAGUGUUUGGACGACCUUAAAUCCCCAGACCAACUAUUAUUCAGCAUGACCAGCUAUGACCUCGAAGUGAAAUGUACCCGCUGCUUUGGUAAAGAAGAAAGAAAGUGUUCUCGUCAUCAUGAGAUCCAUUGCCAUUCAGACCGUUGUGGACACCGCCACUUCUGGAAGCUUAGUGACCUUCAGAGACUCUACAACGAUAAAUCCCCUGCAGUUUGCCGGUCGGACAAACGCUCGUCCAAGGUGUUUGACAUAAAGAGUGUAAAAAUUUGGCUCAAUACUGGUAAGUGGCUAAUGCUAAAGGCAUUUUUACUUUGCCAGUUUUGAAAUCGUUAGUUGAUAAUCGUCAUUGCUGUGGUUAGGACCAAGCCUGGGUUAGGACUAUCGAGGGAUUAGUGAGCUUAAGCAAGCAACGUUUCUGUCAACACGGACGGACGUCAUCUGAAAAUUGCUAUCACUAAUAUUGGAGGCGUUUUGCAUCAUAGCGCUCAUGUAAGGAAGCAAAAAACUUUAAAAACCUUAUGUUUUGUCAUAUGUGUUGAAGAUUACCACAAACAGACAAACUGAUACAAACACAGUUUUUAAUCCAGUCCCACCUCAGCAAUCUGACGUCCAUGUUGACAAAAACGUCGUUUGCUUAAGCUCCCUAAUAUAAUACGGGUAAUACAGAUUUAGUAAGACAAACGUUUUGUCUUGUCGCCUGUCGGACCCAAUGUUGUCAAAGAGAGCCGCUCGCAGCCUACACAACAUCAGAAUGGGUAAAGUUGUGGUUGACAAUUAUAAUAGGCAGGUAAGUAAGAAUUAAAGUACAGGUAAACAAAUUAAAUUAUGGUAAAGUAUCUCCUGAUAAGCUUAUUUAUUUUGUAGUAGAGAGUGAGAUACUGAAAAAUACACAGUGAGAUAUUUUCCAUAUCUUCACUAGUGAAGAUAUCGAUCACGCGACUUUUAGUAUUUAUGCAAUUUUUUACUUGGGACUAUAUACUUGAAGAUAUGACUUUUAUCUUCUCGUGUUAAAAACAAUAUUUUACUCGCUCGCUGCGCUCGUUCGUAAAAUAUUGUUUUCAUCACUCUAAGAGUUCACGGAAAAAGGAUAUUUUGAGAUGUCUUCACUAGUGAAGAUGUCGAUGCAGACAGCACUGACUAGAAUGAGUACUGAUUUGUUUUCUGUAACUGUGUUGUUUUAUUAACUGCUACAUGGUUUUAUAUUUUCGUGGUGAAAGUAAUAUUUUAUACGCUUAUUACCUAUAUGUUUAAUUGUUUCAACCGUUUUUUCAAGUGCCUGAUGCAGCUAUGGUAGAAGACAGCUCGAACUAUAGAAGGCCAAAUGAAAUCUCAAGUGAAGCUUCAAGCUCAGGUAAUUGUUUGGUUACGGUCACUCGGUCAGACUUUGACUAUACAUUAGUUUGCAAUUUACAUUUCCGAUUUUAGAAGACCAUAUAUUUCUGUGCAGAUUUUGUAGGUACCGUGUGUGUUUUCAACAGAAUUAUUUGCAACAUUUUUCUUGAAUAUAAUUCAUAAAAGCUGGUAGUAGCUAAGCUUUAGUUUUAAACGUGGAAAAUAAAUGUUCUUUUGUAGGGGACUUUAAGUUGUUGCGUUAUUUCUAUGGCUCUUUAAAGAGGUAUCAAGGGAAUCGAUGAGUUGGCGUGUUCUUGAUUACAGUCCAUAGGACGUUUUAGUCAUAAGCGUUUGUAUCUAUGUUUUUAAAGGUGCUCUACAGUCCGAUCUGCGCAUGUGCUUAAAGGAGCCCACUUUUUAUGAUACAAACAGUUUAACUAUGUUUUGGGUUCUUGAAAAGCCUGAUUGUUGUUUCUUGAUUAUUUUUUAUUAUACUCUAGAAGCUUGAAAAUAUAAAUAAUUGUCGAAUAAAGCUCAAUAUUUUGGACACAAAAAUGUAAACAAAGGCUUUGUUUACAUAGGGACUGUAGAGCACCUUUAAUCAUGUUUUUGUUGUGAUACGUGCUUUUAAAUUACUCGCAGGUUCUCAUUCGACAGGAGACUCUUAUUCCAAAGGAUCUAUGAACGGUAUGAAUCAGUUAAUAUAA